AUGUCUCGGAUACUCACCAAGUAUGGGAACCUACUGGAAAAUGGAAAGUUUGUCUCACGAUAUGGCUUCAAAGGCGACCCAUCUAAAAUUGAAAUUUCAACAGAACUCAUAAAAUCCAUGACUCUAGACCGAUAUUCGAGGUACCUGAACUUCUACAAUUGUUUCGUUUUACUGCGGCCCCGCGAUAGCAGGUUUCACUUGAGACACAAGAACUUACUGUGGCGGUCUUUUUGCAGAGAUACUAGCUCUUUAUAUGAUAAAGAAUCCACGCUACAAUCUGUCCAGAAUCCUACUUCGGCACCCUCGCCUGUGUUUUUCGAAAAACCACCCAAAAUGGCACUACUGAAUGAAUUACUGGGCUGUGAACUGAACGACAAUGGCAAGGACUGCUUUUGUUUCUUUCAAAACCUCGACUCGCUGCAUUCAACAGCCGCUUUCCGCCAAUAUCUCGAACGUACGAAAUCUUCCAAGAGCGUAACAGAUUUCGAGCCUGUUGCGGUGGCCAUCAAUAUGGAUGAUCACAGCUCUCCAGCAAUAUCGUAUAUACAGCCGUUGCUUGAAGACUCGGCUCAGAUUUACAGCGAUCUUAAUUAUGAGAAGCUACUACGAAUUGCCAAGCAUUCUCAGACCAAAAGCUCUGAUCCUAUGCGUAAAGAGGUUAAGAGAAUAUUGGAAGCAUUUGCAGAAAACGGUUUCUUGAUCCCGCGUAUGGCAAAACGAGGCCGGUGGCUUUUGCUUACUGCUGAGUCCCCUGCUGUCAAUCGGUAG